GUGAAAUCAGGAUUCUUCCAUGAGAGUGAUGCCAAGGUGGUAGGGAAAUCCAUCCGGGACAGAGUAAAUCUUAUCAAAAAGUCACGGGAGCGGCGACAGCAGCAGCUCCUCCAGCAGCAGCAGGGCUUCGAAGAAAGAAGAGACUCCACUCUCACCUCCUAUACUUUUUCUCAUCCGUCCUGCACAUCCUCACUGGGACCAGGGGCAGCUGGACAGACUGGAGGAGGAGCAGGUGGAGCAGGAGGAGUGCAGGAGUCUGAGGAGCUGCCUGAAGUGGACCAGCAUGUCAGGCAGCAACAUAUUUUCAGUGGGACAACCCUUAGUCUGCCAGGAGAGAGCAUUGGGUCUGCCAGCUGUGAAUCUUAUGCAAGUGGACAGAGCCAGGUGUACUCUCAGCCAGGGGAAUCAUACUCUCACUCGCAGACUGCUCUUCCCCCUAUAGCAUCUAGCACUGUGGCAUUGGCUCAUCAUCAAAUGCUCCCCAUUGGUGAGAGUGGAAGUGUUCCAAAUGUGCCUAUCGGUCAGAGUGUCAGUAUGUCCAGCAUGUCCGUGGGCCAAAGUGGAGGCGGACCUGUUGGUCAGACAUUUCUCCAGCCCAGUACCAUGGUUCCACAGGUAUCACCAAGUGUCCCUCAACAAUACUUUCAG